GGGCUGCGUGGUUCCUCUUCUCGGCGGCUCCGGAGAGGGCAGACCAUGGACGGGCUGCGGGCUAGCUCCGGGCUCUUGAGACGCGGGCGGUUGAGGCGCCGGCGCCAGCCACAGCCACACAGCGGGUCGGUCCUGGCCCUGCCCUUGAGGCCCAGGAAGAUCCGAAGGCAGCUGAGGAGAAGUGUUGCGUCCCGCAUGGCCGCGCUGAGGGCCCAGACGCUCCCGAGCGAGGACUCGGAGGACUCGAGGGUGGAGUCGACGGUGGACGAUCCCGGGGACCCGCUGCCUGCUGGGGCGGCGGCCAUCCCGGAUGCGGCCCGGCGGGAGCCGUACGGCCACCUGGGGCCUGCAGAGCUGCUGGAGGCCUCGCCCGCGGCCCGCUCCCUGCAGACCCCGCCGGCGCGCCUGGUGGAGGCGCCCGCCCUGCCCGCGCGCCUGGUGCCGGCUUCCGCGCCGCCUGCGCGCCUGGUGGAGGUGCCCGGCGCGCCAGCGCGCGCGGUGGAGACCUCGGCCCUGCUGUGCUCUGCCCAGCACUUGGCGGCCGCCCCACCGGCCGUGGUCCCUGCGACGCUCUCGGGGCCGCAGGUGGACAGCACGGGCGGGGAGCUGUCCUGGGACUCCCCGCUGCUGCGCGUCUUGGCCGAGCUGAACCGCAUCCCCAGCAGCCGGCGGCGGGCGGCGCGCCUGUUUGAGUGGCUCAUCUCACCCAUGCCGCCGGAUCAUUUCUAUCGGCGCCUGUGGGAGCGGGAGGCGGUGCUGGUGCGGCGGCAGGACCACACCUACUACCAGGGUCUUUUCUCUACCGCCGACCUGGACUCCAUGCUGCGCAACGAGGAGGUGCACUUCGGGCAGCACCUGGACGCCGCGCGCUACAUCAACGGGCGGCGAGAGACCCUGAACCCGCCGGGCCGCGCCCUGCCCGCCGCCGCGUGGUCCCUGUACCAGGCCGGCUGCUCCCUGCGCCUCCUCUGUCCGCAGGCUUUCUCGACCACCGUGUGGCAGUUUUUGGCUGUGCUCCAGGAGCAGUUUGGCAGCAUGGCAGGCUCCAACAUUUACCUCACGCCCCCCAACUCGCAAGGUUUUGCCCCCCACUACGACGACAUCGAGGCUUUUGUGCUGCAGCUGGAAGGUAGGAAACUCUGGCGUGUCUACCGACCCCGGAUCCCCACUGAGGAACUGGCCCUGACAUCCAGCCCCAACUUCAGCCAGGAUGACCUCGGUGAGCCAGUACUGCAGACUGUGCUGGAACCUGGAGAUUUGCUCUAUUUUCCUCGGGGCUUCAUCCACCAAGCCGAAUGCCAGGAUGGAGUGCACUCUCUGCACCUCACUUUGUCCACGUACCAGCGCAAUACCUGGGGCGACUUCCUGGAGGCCGUACUGCCUCUGGCAGUGCAGGCUGCAAUGGAAGAAAAUGUGGAGUUUCGUAGGGGUCUGCCCCGAGACUUCAUGGAUUACAUGGGGGCCCAGCAUUCGGAUUCUAAGGAUCCGCGAAGAACUGCUUUCAUGGAGAAGGUGCGGGUUUUGGUUGCCCGCUUGGGACACUUUGCCCCUGUCGAUGCGGUGGCUGACCAGCGAGCCAAAGACUUCAUCCACGAUUCUCUGCCCCCUGUGUUGACUGAUAGGGAAAGGGCACUAAGUGUUUAUGGGCUCCCAAUUCGUUGGGAGGCUGGAGAACCUGUAAACGUGGGGGCCCAGUUGACAACAGAAACAGAAGUGCACAUGCUUCAGGAUGGGAUAGCUCGGCUGGUGGGAGAGGGAGGCCAUUUGUUUCUCUAUUAUACAGUGGAAAACUCCCGUGUUUAUCAUCUGGAGGAACCUAAGUGCUUGGAGAUAUACCCCCAGCAAGCUGAUGCCAUGGAACUCUUGCUCCGCUCCUACCCAGAGUUUGUAAGAGUAGGGGACCUGCCCUGUGACAGUGUGGAGGACCAGCUUUCUUUGGCAACCAUGUUAUAUGACAAGGGGCUGCUGCUCACCAAGAUGCCUCUCACCUGAACUAGUUUCUUGUUGAUUGCUGAAAACAAGACAGUAGUGAUUCUCUCCUACCGUUACCACCUUUUUGGGGGAAAAACUCAUGUUCUUACCUUGAUAACCAUCAAUGUGCUCACAUUUACCUUUAUGACUUCUUCAAUGUCACAAAUCUCAAAUGAUCUUCUAGGAACCACCACCUCAUCUAGGCACAAAAUAAAAGCAGAAGUUGGAGGUGGAAAUAAGGAGCUACUUAUGCAGAAGUGACCUUGGUCCCUGAUAAUUUCAGAGCACCAACUUCAUCAUCACCCUCAGGCUUCAGUGUACUGUGUAGCACUAGCUGGGUCAUUCUGCUUGAGACAUUAGAAGUUUUUAUUUGGAAUUUGCAUCCUUCAUUUGAGUUCUCUUUCAUCAAUUUGGGGGGAGGGUUGGGGUCAGUAUCGUGUUUGUCAUUGUGAGUUUGUAUGAAUAUUAGAAAAGUUAUUAAAGUGCCAAAGAAUG